CAAAGUGGGAUCUGAAGACAGGGCCAUUCCACAAGCUGGUCACUAGCAGUCCCUGAUGAACUAAGUUCAAAGCUGAGGGAGCUGCAGAGACCAUCUGGGAAGACUCGCAGGACCCUCUCCACCACCUGUCAUGUCUCUGUGGCUGCCCUCCAUCUGUGGCAUGUGGAAACUGGGGCAGAGGGACUCAAGCCACUCUUCUCCCCAGCUCCCCCAGCAGGACUUUGAGGCCCUGCUGGCAGAGUGCCUGAGGGACGGCUGCCUCUUUGAGGACAGUAGCUUCCCUGCCACCCUGAGUUCUGUGGGCAGUGGGCCCCUGCUGCGGAAGCUGCCACCUGGCCUGCAGUGGAAGAGACCCCCGGAGCUGCACAGCAAUCCUCAGUUCUAUUCUGCGAAGGCCAAAAGGCUGGAUCUGUGCCAGGGUGUGGUAGGAGACUGCUGGUUCCUGGCCGGUCUGCAAGCUCUGACUCUGCACGAGGACAUUCUGAGCCGGGUUGUUCCCCUGAAUCAGAGUUUCACUGAGAAUUACGCUGGCAUCUUCCGGUUUUGGUUCUGGCACUUUGGGAACUGGAUCCCAGUGGUGAUAGAUGACCGACUGCCCGUGAAUGAGGCUGGCCAGCUGGUCUUUGUUUCUUCCACCUACAAGAACUUGUUCUGGGGAGCGCUUCUGGAAAAGGCCUAUGCCAAGCUCUGUGGUUCCUAUGAAGACUUGCAGAAUGGACAGGUGUCUGAAGCCCUUGUGGACUUCACUGGAGGGGUGACAAAGACCAUCAAACUGGCGGAAGCCCCUGAAAACCUCUGGGACAUCAUAGAGCAAGCUGCCUACAGCAGAACCCUCAUUUGCUGCCAGACUCAUGUAGGGAAGGAGAAGGUGCUGGAGAAUGGGCUGGUGGAUGGCCAUGCCUACACUCUCACAGGACUCAGGAAGGUGACCUGCAAAUAUAGACCUGAAUAUCUUGUUAAACUACGCAACCCCUGGGGGAAGGUGGAAUGGAAAGGAGACUGGAGUGACAGUUCAAGAACAUGGGAACUGCUCAGCCCUAAGGAGAAGAUUCUGCUUCUGAGGAAAGAUAAUGAUGGAGAAUUCUGGAUGAAUCUGCAGGACUUUAAAGCACAUUUCACGCUCCUGGUCAUCUGUAAGCUGACCCCAGGACUGUUGAGUCAGGAGGUGGGCAGGAAGUGGACAUACACCAUGCGGGAGGGGAGAUGGGAGAAGGGGCGCACAGCUGGUGGCCAGAGGAAGGCACGGGGAGGCACAUUUUGGAAGAACCCUCAGUUCCUGCUCUCUGUCUGGAGGCCUGAGGAAGGCAGGAGGUCCCUGAGACCCUGCAACGUGCUGGUGUCCCUGCUCCAGAAGCCCAGGCACAGACACCGCAACAGGAAGCCCCACCUUGCCAUUGGCUUCUACCUCUUCUGGGUAGGUGGGAACUAUGAUGACCAAAAGAGAUUGCCCCCUGCGUUUUUCUGGAGAAGUGCUCCCCUCAGCCAGCCUAAGACAUUCAUCAUGGAGAAAGAAGUGAGUCAGGAACUGUGGCUGGAGGCAGGGACAUAUCUCAUCGUGCCCUGCACGGCAGAGGCCCACCAGGAGUCGGAGUUUGUCCUCAGGAUUUUCUCCAGAAAGCACAUCUUCUAUGAAAUUGGCAGUAAUCCCAGUGUUGUCUUCACUAAGGAGAUAGAAGAACAAAAUGAAGGGCAGAAUGAAUUUUUCACCAAACUCUUUCAAAAGUAUCCAGAGAUCAAUGCAGUUCAAUUGCAGCAGAUCCUGAACCACAUGACCUGGUCAGGUCUGGGGAGCACACAGCCCCUCUUCAGCCUUGAAGCCUGCCAGGGGAUCCUGGCCCUCCUGGACCUUAAUGCGUCGGGCACUGUGAGCAUCCAGGAAUUCAGGGACCUGUGGAGGCAACUAAUGCUCUACCAGGAGGUUUUCCACAAACAAGAUAACAAUGGGUCAGGCUAUCUGAACUGGGCGCAACUGCGGGCCGCCAUGAGGGAGGCAGGGAUCGUGCUCAGUGAUGACGUCUGCCAGCUGAUGCUGAUCCGCUACGGCGGCCCCAGCCUGCACAUGGACUUUGUCAGCUUUGUUCACUUGAUGCUGCGUGCGGAGAACAUGGAGGAUGUUUUCCAAAACUUAACUCAAGAUGGCAAAGGAAUAUACCUGCGGAAGCCGGAGUGGCUGAUGCUGAUACUGUACUCCUGAGAAGCCUCAUCUGCUCUCACUGAGGACUCUGCAUGUGGCCCAAGGGUAGCCUUUGGCUGAGACCAACCUCCACCCUCCAGCUCACUGUACUUCAGGGGGACAUCGUCAGCCAUCACCUUCUCAGCUGGGCAGAUUUCUCCUUCAGAUGGCCAGCAUGCGGGAAGGGAAGGGAGGCAGUAGAAAUUGUCUUGGAUUUGUAAAGGACAGCUUUCCUUCCCCAUGACCACAAUUUUUUCUUAAGUAGGGAUGCUUCCUGACAUGGUCUAACCAAUCUGACUCCAAAGAUGGUACCCUCGGCCAUCUAUAUGACACUGCCUUCAUAGCUUGACUUGCCAAAUGUCAUCACAUGUGGGUAAUAGUGUAUGUUUCAAGGUCUGAAGCAGGAAUGAUGUGUCCUUAGACAUCUAUACCAGCAUUUGUAAAUUGCUAAAGACAUGGGCUUUCAAGAACAUAUAAAAUAAGAGAAACAGCAGGGUGUAGGUGGGGUGGGCUGGCUCUGCCAUCUGAGGUUACUGGAUGGCCUUCUGCUGACAGUAGCUCCAAAUGAUAGGAUUUGGAGGAACCCAGUGGUUUUAUAACACGUGAUUUCUCAAAAGACUUCUGCUGGUGACAGAUGUCAUUCUGUUUACUUAGCCUGUAGACUAUCAGAUAUAUUUCAAAUUAGUCCAGAAACUCUUGGUGUGCCUACUUUAAAAAAGAACAACAAAUCCAUGAUAAAUUGAAGAAUCAAUCAGUGGACAGCUGGUAUAUCUGAUUUUUUUUAACUAUUGCCAUGAUACAUCAUUUUUGUGGCAUUCCUGCCAACCCAGAACACAGGUGCAAAGCCAGAAAAAAGGCCUUUUUCCAAAGUCAUUGGAUUUUAUUCAUAGGUUAGCACCUCAAAGCCAGUUAUUAUCUCUGGUUGAGCAUCUCAAAUCUGAAAAUCCAAAAUACAUUUAUUUAUUUAAUUUAUUAUGAUUUUUUGAGACAGAGUCUCACUCUGUUGCCCAGACUAGAAUACCAGGGCUUCAGCCUAGUUCACAGCAUCCUCAAACUCCUGGGUUCAAGCAAUCCUCCUGCUUGAACUCUCCAGAGUAGCUGGGACUACAGGUGCCUGCCACAGUGCUCAGCUAAUUUUCUUAUUUUUAGUGGAGAUGGCACCUCACUCUUGCGCAGGCUGAUCUAAAACUUCUAAGCUCAAGGGAUCCUCCCACCUUAGCCUCCCAGAGUGGUAAGAUUACAGGUGUGAGCCACCACACCCAGCCUGAAAAUCCAAAAUUUAAAAUGCUCACAAAUCUGAAAGUUUUGAGCACUGACAUGACCUCAAAAGAAACGCUCAUUGGAGCAUUUCAUACAUUAUAUUAAUGUAUAAUGCAAAUAUUCUAAAAUCCGAAAAAAUCUGAAAUCUAAAACAUUUCUGGUCCCAAGCAUUUUAAGAAGGAACACUUAGCCUACAUUCUAUCUACUGUUAAUUUACAAACAAUUCUAACCAGCGUGGCUAUCUGGCUUCCAAGUCCACAGCAGAUGAAGGAAGGAAGCUGAGCAAGGGGAGAAAAGGGGCCCACUGAGAGCAGAACCAGAGGAGAUUUGCUCGUCUGCUAGGUUGGUACUGUACCAGACAAGGGAGCACAGCAGGGCAUGGUGUAUGCAGGGAGAAACGCAUUUUAUUUAGGAAAAACUUGCAUUUGUUCCAAAUGAUAAAAUGUAAAAUGGUUUUCUGUUAAGUGCCAGAUACAUGAGAAAUUACUGUUUACAUGUAAACAAUGAUCACCUUUAUAGUCUUUUAAAGACUUUUAUGUCUAUUUAUUAGUAUCUUUGCCAUGAGAUUCCACCAUUGUAAAUAGUUGUUUUAAUAAAACAGUUCUG